AAAUUAUUUACUAUAGACUUUGAGAAUGUGUUUAUAAGACAUAGUUCAAUUUAAAACGUUUAAAGACCGUUAAAUUGUGCACGGGAAAAUGGAAUUUUGGUGCUUAACUUUACGUUUAAUUGUUUUUUGUAGUGUAGUUACUUAUUCAUUACAGGUACCUUACGAUGAUGGAAAACAGUCAAUUCAAACAGCCAAACUGUUUGAAAUACUUAUGCACUCUAAUUAUAGUCGAAUAAAUCAUCAAAGAAGUCAACCAAACCUUGGUCAAACUGAUGCAUUAAUCAUUCCAAAUCCAAAUCCAGAUAAAACUCAUAUUCAAAAGAUACCCCGAAAAAAUUCAAAAUCCUUUAAAGACGAUCAAAAUGAGCAGUCUGAAGAGACCGAGGCAAGAAUUGAUUCAACUAAUCGACCAGUUCGAGGACACUUUAUAACAUAUAUACCUAAAGUAACUUCGCCUAUUCCACCGUUUCAGAAACCAAAACAGUUUGAUUCUGAUGAGCAAGUAAUAGAAGAUAUUCCAGAUCAAUUUUCUCAAGAUACUGAAGAUCAACCUUAUCAGUUAAGUAUACCUGAUCAAGAAACUCAACAAAUUGAUUCGUAUCAACAAAGUAUACCUGAUCAAGAAACACAACAAGUUGAUUCAUAUCAACAAAGUAUACCUGAUCAAGAGCCUCAACAAGUUGAUUCAUAUCAACAAAGUAUACCUGAUCAAGAGACUCAACAAGUUGAUUCAUAUCAACAAAGUAUACCUGAUCAAGAGACUCAACAAGUUGAUUCAUAUCAACAAAGUAUACCUGAUCAAGAAACUCAGCAAGUUGAUGAGUACCAGCAAACCAUUCCUGAUCAAGAAACACAACAAAGUAAUUUCUAUCAACAAAAUAGGCCAGAUCAAGAUGUAGAACAAAUUGAAGAUUUACUUAGUCAACGAAAUGUACCAGAUCAAGAUACACAACAAUUUGAUGAUAGUCCAUAUCAACAAAAUAUUCCAGAUCAAAAUGUUGAAGAACUUGAAUAUCAACAGAGUUUGUUAGGACAGGAUCUUUAUCAAAAGCAUGUACCGAAACAAAAUCACUAUCAAGAAAGUAUACCAGAUCAAACUAUACAAGAUCAUAAUUAUAACCAACAAAGUUUUCAAGAUCAAUGGAUACACAAUACACAUCCUCGGCAGCCUGAAAAAGUUUUACGACCACCCAAAAUACCGUCUUUGAAUAAUCAACACCAAAAUCCUAUUCAAUCUAGACCAAUUAAUGUACAAUCAGAAAGUACAAACGACAAUGUGAGAUAUUUUGGGCAAUCAUUUUCCGAUCAAAACUUGCAUCCAGCUUCCGAUAGAAAUGUACAAUAUUUUGGAAUACCUACAUCAAGCCAUCCAAUCAAUUCACAAAAUAGUUAUGGAUUUCAGCAAUCCCAAAAUAAUCAACAAAUUUCGGGAACUACAAAUAAUCAACACUAUGGCUAUUUGGAAUGUCCAAGUGGAGCUACUGGAAUGUUUCCUUAUGCGCUAGAUUGUAAACAAUUUUUAAAUUGCUGGAAUGGUCGUGGCUCAAUACAAAAUUGCGCUCCUGGUACAGUUUUUAAUCCACAAACUGUUGGUUGUGAUUUCCCAGAAAAAGUAAAUUGUUCCGCAUAUAAAUCUCAAGCAAAUUUCUUUGAUACAGAAAAGUAUCCUAAUAGUUAUUUGGGUAAAAAUAGGAAUACUAAAUCAGUGAAUGAUAACAUUGCAGAUGGAUCAAAUAAAUAUCAAACACGUUCGCAAUUUGUAACGAAUCGUAUUCAACAAGAUGUAGUGGUAUUUUGCCCAGAAAAUUUUGUUGGAAUUAAAGCACAUCCGACUGAUUGUUCAAAAUACAUAAAUUGCGAUAAAGGUGGUUCUACGAUUGAAGAAUGCAUUUUGGGAAUGAAAUUUAAUUCUAAAACAGGGCAAUGUGAUUUUCCCAAAUUUGUCGAUUGUAAUAGCAGAAAAAGCCAGCAAUUAAUCAAUGUUAAUCCUUCAACACCCGUCGAUUUGUCAAGCAGAUUAUCAAAUAGAGACCCCGAAUGUCCACCAGGAUUAUCAGGUUUGAUUGCCCAUCCUUAUAAUUGUGAAUUAUUUUUAAAUUGUGGAAGCGGACGUACAUUUAUUCAGAAAUGUGGACCAGGUACUGUUUUUAAUCCAAAUAUUUUGGCAUGUGAUUAUCCUCAAAAUGUUGAUUGCAAACAUACGUCAGAUUUAAUUGUAAAUCCGAGCACUACAUCAAAGCCGUAUCCGAUACCAACUGUUAAACCAAAACCAUAUCCUAAACCAAAUCCUAAUCCAACUCAAAAGCCAUUCCCGGAUCCUCAAAUUGAUAUACGCAUGCAACCGCAUAAUUAUUAUACUACGAACACUCGUUCUGGAAAAUAUGUUCAAAACCAGCAAAACACUCAAUUAAAUCAGUAUAAUCAAAAUGGUUGGCAUGAUAAAACACAAGAACUUUCAAGCGCAACCUCAUAUACCGAUACAAGACCGCAAUGCCCUACAGGUUUCUCAGGUUUAAUUCCACAUCCCACUAAAUGUGACUCAUUUUUAAAUUGUGCUAAUGGGCGAACAGUGGUUCAAAAAUGUGGACCAGGCACAGUAUAUAAUGCAAAAAUUCUUGGUUGUGAUUUUCCACAAAACGUUAAUUGUCAACAAAGCGCAACAAUUAUUCAACCAAAUGUAGAUCCAAGUAUAGAUAUAAGAACAGCUCCAAAAACUCAAAAGCACUAUGAUGGUUUCCAAUCGGGAAAAUAUGAAGAAAAUAGAUGGGUUGGCUUAAAUACAAAUCAACAACAUGAAAAUGUCCAAAGUAAUUGGAAAUCUCAAGAAAAUUCUAGAACUCGUAGUACUUUUACAACUUAUCAGGCUCCCCUUGGAGGAGUUUCUCAGUCGCAGAACAAUGUUCAAUGCCCAAAUGACUUCUCAGGUUUGAUUUCACAUCCAACCGAAUGUGCUUCAUAUUUGAACUGUAAUAAUGGAGAUACGGUGGUUCAAAAAUGUGGACCAGGUACUGUUUUUAAUCCAAGUAUUAAAGCAUGUGAUUUUCCACAUAAUGUAAAUUGUCAACAAAUCAGAACGCUUACUCAAUCAAGUGGGGACCGAAAUUUAGAUUUUCAAACAGUCUCACAAACCAAUCAAAAUGAAUAUAGUAAUUCUAACCAAUUUCAUGGACAUGAUCAACAUCACAAGCAUGGCUCUUGGAAUCAAAAUGGAUUUCAACAUAGUGAACAAUUUCAUCGUGACCAUCCACAAGGUACAGCAUGGAGACGUGUAGGUCAUGCACAUGGGCAUCAUCAUCACCAUAAUGGAUCUUCUGGGCCAUGGAUAGGAUAUCAUAAUUUACGCAACCAUCCUACGCCAACUCCAGCUGCCACUUAUGAAAGUACACCGACGCUAGAUACAGCAACUUUAGGUAGCGAUUCUAGGCAAGCAAAAGAAAGAGAAGAGCUAGAUUUAUGGUAUAAAUUUGUCAAUAAGCCAAACAGUAAAGAUUUAGAUGGUGCGCCUACUAACUCACAUGGCUAUUCAACAGUAAGCACUCAAGGAGCAGUAAAAGGUGGUGAAAAACGAACAGUUUCAACCACAGAUUCAUAUGUAACAUCAUACGUCCAACACAAUACUCCUUUACAAACAUUUAGUCAAGUCAAGCCAACACCAGAGCCACCGAAAAAGAAUAGCUGUUUUCCACAUAAAUUUGAAUGCUCACCUGACAUGUGUUUGAAUUUGGCUUUCGUAUGCGAUGGCAUUAAGCAUUGUCCAAAUGGGGCUGAUGAGGAAAAUUGUAAAAAUACAAUGGAAAAAGUAGUGUCACAUAAAGGAAAACGUCUUAUGCGACAUGAUGUACAAAGAUGGUUUUCUGUUACACUUAAUAAAUGCGCUCAGUAUUGUGAAAGUUCAAAAACUUUUGAAUGUAAAUCUUUUAAUUACCGCGCAUCCGAUGGUGAAUGCAUUUUAAGCGAUGAAGUUGUGGGACAAACAGGUGAUAUGCAGGAUUCAUAUCAAUAUGACUUUUACGAAAUGAAAAAAUUUUCCGUAAAUUGCGAUAUGAAGUACACUUGUGAUAAUUUUAAGUGUAUUGAAUUACAUGAGGCAUGUAAUGGCGUUGAUAAUUGUGGAGAUAAUUCUGAUGAAAAAUAUUGUGACAAGCAUGCUAGCGAAUUUGGUGUCCGAUUAGUUGGAUCGAAAAACAUGAAUGAGGGUCGUUUGGAAGUGAAAGCGUUUGGUCGUUGGGGAACUGUUUGUGAUGAUAAAUUUUCUUUGAAGAAUGCUGAGGUGGCGUGUAGAGAAUUAGGCUACCCCUUAGGUGCAGUACAAGUUCUACACAAUCCUUUGUAUUUCGCUGAAACAAAUAAUGUUCAAAACCCUAAUAAUACGUUGAUUUUGAUGGAUGAUGUUGAUUGUUUGGGUAAUGAAACAUCCUUAAAAGAUUGCGAGUUUAAUGGUUGGGGUGUCCACAAUUGUAAAGCUGAUGAGGUUGUAGGAAUUGUUUGCAAAACUUCAACGGUUACAUGUCCAAAGGAUUAUUGGCUAUGUGCGGGUAGUAUGGAAUGUAUUCCAUUAGCAUUCCUUUGCGAUCACGUUGAUGAUUGCAUUGAUAAAUCUGAUGAAUCGCCAUCGUAUUGUGAAGCAGAAACAGAAUUACGAUUGGCAAAUGGGUCAACUCCACUAGAAGGUCGAGUAGAAAUUCGAUUUUAUGGUGUAUGGGGUACAAUUUGUGAUGACGAUUUUACGGAUGAAGCUGCAACCGUUAUUUGUAAUCAAAUGGGUUAUUUUGGACCAGCACGGGUUAAAAAAGGAGGAAUGUAUGGACCAGGUUCGGGACCAAUUUGGCUAGAUCAAGUAAGUUGUUUUGGAAAUGAAACUAGCGUAGAAAAAUGCUUGCAUAAUGAGCGUGGCCAACAUAAUUGCGAGCAUAGUGAAGAUGUUGGUGUCGUUUGUAGUCGAGGUUAUGAAAGUGGUAUAAAAAAUGGUUACAGAGGUAUUAAUAAACCAACAAUUCCAAGAUCAGUAGUCCACACAAAUAGUAUUGACUUGGAUGAUGUGUUACCCACCACUUGUGGAGUACGUGAUGAAGAAACCUUUUUACCCGAUAGUGUUUUAAGUUUUCGUGUUGUUGCUGGGUCAGUUGCCAAGAAAGGUCAUUAUCCAUGGCAAGCCAGUUUACGAGUUAAAGGUCAAAGUAAAACUUCACACUGGUGUGGUGGAGUAAUAAUAACCCGUCUUCAUGUUUUAACUGCUGCACAUUGUUUAGUUGGAUUUUCAAAAGGUAUCUAUGUAAUAAGGGCUGGUGAUUAUGAAAGUGAAGUUGACGAAGGAACCGAGCAAGAAGCUUACAUUGAAGAGUUUUAUUUACAUGAAUCAUUCCGUAAGGAACAUCAUAUGAAUAACGACAUUGCCAUAAUCAAAUUGAAAGGAGAAGGUUUUCAUUUGGAGAAACAUGUGCAAGCCAUUUGUUUACCAAAUGAAGAUACAGACUAUGUUCCUGGUAAAAACUGUACAAUAUCUGGUUGGGGAUCUACACAAAGUGGGAAACUAUCUGCUGCCUUACAAUUGAGGGCUGGUUGGAUUCCAAUUCAAUCUAGAGAAGUAUGCAGUCAGCCAGAGGUUUACGGUGAAAAUAUUAAGGAAGGAAUGUUUUGUGCUGGUAGUUUGGAUCAAGGUGUAGAUUCAUGUGACGGCGACUCUGGUGGACCAUUGGCUUGUUUAGAUAAUGGAUAUUUCACAUUAUUUGGAAUAACUUCAUGGGGUCAACAUUGUGGAUACGCUAAUAAGCCGGGUGUCUACGUAAAAAUAGGACAUUAUAGGAAAUGGAUUGAUGAGACAAUUUUAAAAUCUUUAAAAUAGUUUUUAUUUUGCAUUUUAUACUUAUUAGUUAUAUUCUAUGUACAAAGGAUUAAUUUAAUAUAUACUUAGUAAACAAAA